AUGACGUUUGCCCAAGACAGUGACAUCAGUUUUCCGGUCACAACAUUUAAACCUAAAGUUCAGCAUCAGCAUGAAGUAGAUCCUGGAACUUCAACGAGGAACGUCGCCAUCGAAAGACGGAGAAGAGCUUAUCAGGAACAGAAACUUGAAACAGUUCUGGAAAAACUAGGUAUUCGGAUAAGGGAUUUGCUUCCUGUCGAUUUACUCUCCGGAGAGGUAGCUACCGACUUUGAGCGUUAUGGUUUGUGUUCGUGGUUAGACUUCCUCCCACUGGAACUAUUCGAUGAUCAAAUGUUCGAUGUUAGAUCGCCACAAAACUGGUUACAAAACGCCAAUUUGGAGGGUGUGCAAUAUCCUCUGCCAGGCGAAGCUUUCGUACCCAACCCCAAUAUAGAGCAACAUAUUACGCCGGAUGAGUUGUAUCACUUGGUAGAUGUUGCCAUCGGCGAAUACGAUAAAGAGAAAAUGCUGUGGAAAGUUUUGACUUUAGACGGACUAAAAAGAACUUUUUGGUUGCCGAGAAUAUAUUUUAUGUUCAAAGCAGAGGAUCCGAUGCAUUAUGGCAUGAGAUUGAAAGCGGCACUGGACUUACGAAGGAUUGCUGAAGAAACAAUAAGGUAUGAGUUCUUUGUGGAUAACAUGCCGCUUAUCGGCAUUCCAACUAUGGAAGAAAAUAUAGUCAAACAGAUGAUGGGUCUGGUGGAAAGUUCGAUGAUUGGAAAGAAAGACAUUUUGAGGAAUCGUUAUGACACGCUUAAGGAUGAGGUUAAAUUAUCCUACCAAAGAACCAUGGGCGAACUUAAAUUUAGAGGAGCAUAUGCAAAACAAAUAGGUUACAGGACUAUUACGAAUGAUAAGUAUCAAUUAUCGCCCAAGCGCGAUGUGAUUACCACAGGGAUCAAUGCUGAAGAUUUUGCAAAGAAACGGAAAUAUUAUUCGUGGUACCAGAUCUACGUAGUACCGGAAACCUAUCGAGCAAUAUCCCACGUCGUUGCAGAAUGCCUCAAAAUGGCUCAAAUGUCCCUAUUUUCGGCAAAUUAUGGCAUUAAGUACGUCACUUUGGAUGAGUUCAAUGCUAUACAAAGUCAGACAUCUAAUAUUAUUAUGAAACAACUCAAAAAUAAUUGGUUAGAAACUCUCGUGUUUAACAUAAGGAUGUGUAUUGGGGACUUGGGCAAAGGCUGGUUCGACGUCAACUUAAGAAACUACGAAACGUACGAAAUAUCCAAACUCAAACGGUUUAUGGAAUUGGUGAAGUACAGAAUGCAGCACACACUGAGAGUGUUGGUGGAAAAUUCUGUAAAAACGUUCAUAAAUCUAGUCGAAACACCAUGCAUUCCAUGUUUGCAAGUUGAAGACGAAUUCGCAUGGGGAAGCGACUUAAUUAACAGUCCAUUUAUAUCGAAAGUUUCCCCCAUAUUUAGCAUGCAACUAAGGAUGAACGAAAAAUGCGCGUUCUAUAGCACACCGCCCGAAAAAUUUCAGGAAGUACUGCUCAAUCUUUUUGACGAAGUUCUCCGACAAACUCACCAAAUACGACAAGUACACCCGCUUUUGUUACCCAAUUUGCGAUUUCCGCCCGAUUUGUUUCUCUCCUCGGUGGGACUGUUGGCGGAUGAAGUCCACAGCAUCAGAAGGCGGUUUUUGAAUGCAUACCGAAAAUCGAUCAUUCCUUUAGAAGCCUACGCUAAGGAGUUUAAUGUCCACGUCAGCUUGUUUACGCUAAACGUAAACGAUUACAUAAAGAGUUACGAGAAAGAGGAAAGAUCAGCAGCCGAAGUAAAAGAAGAUAUUUCGCAACAGCAGAGAUUAAAGAGGAGCUUGGAGAGGACUCUUCCUAACUCCAUUAAUAUAGGGCCUUUCUACGUACUGGUUGAAUAUUUGAAAGUUUUGCUUGUCAAUAAACGGCAAGAAAUUAUCAACAAGAUGCUGGAUAUGUUCGCCAUUAGGAUGAAGGGCCACAUUGAAGAUAUAAUUCAAAACUACAAAAACAUAAUAGUCAAGCUCUCGGUGAAACCGAACAAUAUCGAGCAUAUUUUUGAGCUCAGGGACUGGUUGGAAACUGUUCCCUUAACAGUAAAGUCUUUGGACGAACAGUGUCGUAGAUACUUGAUUGUACAUUGGGAAUACGAAGUUUUGGACCAUUUCUUUUACCCGCUACAAAACGAGGACUUUGAGAAUAAGUGGGAGGCUAUAGGCUGGCCUCUGAAAGUGCUCCGGCAGACAGAAACCACUGAACUAUAUUUAAAAGACGAAGAAGAGCGGUUCUAUAAGUUGCAAGUUAGCGAUGAGUUUGCGUUACAAGACAAAAUUCACGUUUUGACAAGCCAAGUCGUGAAUAUGUCCGGAUAUAAAGACGUGACGAGGACUCACGAGUACGCGCUGGAAAUCCGCAAGGUAUGGAAAGCUAUGAAGGAAGCUCAGGAAAUGGGCCAGUUAUUAAACCAACGGCAAAAGCUAUUUGGGGUGCCAGUAAUCCCAUUCGAUACGCUUAACAAGCUGAUAAAAGAGUUUGAACUGUACAAAAUUCUAUGGACGACUGCCUCCGGUAUUUUCCUUAAUUAUUGGAUGCGUUCGUAUGAAAUUUGGAUGGACAAUCCGAUAAUGAAUAUCGAUGCCGAUGUUAUAGAAGGAUCUGUUUCAGAUAUGUAUAAGAUAGCGGUUCGUCUUAUCAGGAUUUUCUCGGACAUCGAGGCUGUGCAGAACGUCGCUAUCGAAAUUCGAAAUCAAAUCGAUAACUUCAAACCCCUGAUCCCGCUGCUGAUGAGUCUGAGGAAUCCCGGCAUGCGCCAGCGCCACUGGGAUAAAAUAUCUGAAGAGACGGGAAUCCAACUCGUGUGGACACCCACGACCACAUUUCACGAGGUACUCGAUCUUGGAGUGGAGAGCUUUUCAAAGCAAAUUAGGGAAAUUGCUGAAGUGGCUAGCAAAGAAUACGCCAUUGAACAAACGCUCGACAAGAUGAUGUUGGAAUGGCAGAACAAUCUUUUGGAAAUCUCUCCAUACAAGGCUACUGGUACCUAUAUAAUGAAAGUUUCUGAAGAAAUCCAGCAAAUGCUUGACGAUCACAUCGUCUUGACUCAACAGAUUUCAUUUAGUCCCUUCAAAGGUCCAUUCGAAGACAGAAUUAGCGAGUGGGAGGAGAAAUUAAAAGUGACGUCGGAAGUCAUAGAAGAGUGGAUCGAUGUCCAAAAGCAGUGGAUGUACAUGGAGCCAAUUUUUACUAGCGAAGAUAUAAUCAAACAAUUGCCUAUCGAAAGCAAAAAGUACCGAUUUAUGGAGAGGACAUGGAGACGUAUCAUGAGAAAUGCGGUGGAACUACCUAUUAUCAUAGAAUAUUGCGCUGACCGUAAGUUAUUGGAAAGUCUCAGAAAUGCAAAUCACGUGCUUCAAAUCGUGCAGAAGGGGUUAUCGGAAUAUCUAGAGACUAAAAGGGUGACAUUUCCCAGGCUUUACUUCCUCAGCGACGAUGAGCUGUUGGAGAUCUUGUCACAUGCUAGAAACCCACUGGCGGUUCAGCCUCAUCUCAAUAAGUGCUUCGAGAAUAUCGCGAUGCUUACAUUCGAAGAGGAUUUGCGUAUCACUCAGAUGUUUUCGGCUGAAGGGGAAUGCGUAGAUUUGAAUCCCACAAUUUAUCCCACCGGCAAUGUCGAGCAUUGGCUGUUGGUGGUCGAGAGUACUAUGCAGAACACUGUACGCACGAUUCUCGGCACUGCUUUAAGAGAAAUACUGAAAAUUGAUAGAAAAGUUUGGGUUUUGAGUUGGCCCGGCCAAGUAGUGAUCGCGUGCAGCCAGACUUUUUGGACCGCAGGCGUAGAAAACGGCAUCCUCGAGAAUAAACUAAACGAUUUCCUGCAGAACGUGAUCAUUGUGAAUUUGGACGCGCUGAGGAACUUGGUAAAGAGUACGCUGACGUUCCUGCAGCGCGAAAUACUCUCCGCACUAAUCGUUAUCGAAGUGCACGCGAGGGAUGUCACUCAAAACUUAGUCGAUUUGAACACGGUAAACUCAAACGACUUCGACUGGAUUAGUCAACUGAGGUACUACUGGACGGGACAAGAAAUGAGUGUACGGGCAGUAAACGCGGAAUUCCCUUACGGUUACGAAUACCUCGGCAACAGCGGUAGACUGGUGAUCACUCCCCUAACCGAUAGAUGCUACCUGACCUUGACCGGUGCCCUCCAUCUAAAAUUUGGAGGUGCACCUGCAGGACCGGCGGGAACCGGAAAAACCGAAACCACGAAAGACCUUGCGAAAGCUAUGGCGAGACAAUGCGUAGUGUUCAAUUGUUCGGAUCAACUCGAUUUCAUGGCCAUGGGAAAGUUUUUCAAGGGUUUGGCGAGCUCGGGAGCUUGGGCCUGCUUUGACGAAUUCAACCGAAUUGAUAUUGAGGUUCUGUCGGUGGUUGCGCAACAGAUCACCACCAUCCAGAAAGCGCAACAAGCGCGGCUGGAUCGGUUUAUUUUUGAAGGCUCUGAAAUAGUGUUGAAGGAGUCCUGCGCAGUUUUCAUUACCAUGAACCCAGGUUACGCCGGGAGAACGGAACUUCCGGAUAAUCUCAAGGCACUAUUCAGGCCAGUGGCGAUGAUGGUUCCUGACUACAGUUUGAUUGCCGAGAUUAGUUUGUUUUCUUUCGGGUUUAGCGACGCCAAAGUGCUGGCCAACAAAAUUACUACUACUUUCAAGCUGAGUUCUGAACAGCUCAGCACCCAGGAUCACUACGACUUCGGAAUGAGAGCAGUUAAAACUGUGAUCGCGGUGGCAGGCAAUUUAAAACGGGAAAAGCCUAAUAUGGACGAGAAGCAAAUCUGCCUCCGAGCUAUCAGGGAUGUAAACGUCCCAAAAUUUCUCAAAGACGACUUGAUUCUCUUCGACGGCAUAGUGUCGGAUUUAUUUCCGAGAAUGGUUGAAGAGCCAGUGGACUAUGGGGCCCUCGAGAAAUCUAUCAGGGUGUCUUGUAUUAAACUACGUCUGGAGGACGUAGAUGGGUAUGUAAAGAAGGUGAUUCAACUAUACGAAACUACAGUGGUGAGGCACGGACUUAUGCUGGUGGGUCCCACAGGUUCGGGCAAGACCAAAUGCUACGAGUGUUUAAAAGAUGCAAUGACCUCUUUGAAGGGCCAGGCUCAGCCUAGCGGUUACCCAUUCGAAGCCGUCCAAACACAUGUCCUUAAUCCCAAAUCGAUCACCAUGGGUCAGUUAUAUGGAGAGUUCGAUCCACAGACUCGCGAGUGGACGGAUGGUAUUCUACCAUGCUUGGUCCGCAUCGGAAUCAACGCUCCAAACAACGACAGGAGGUGGUAUGUCUUUGAUGGUCCCGUCGACGCAGGUUGGAUCGAAAAUAUGAAUACGGUUCUAGACGAUAACAAAAAACUAUGCCUGAGUUCUGGAGAAAUAAUUAAACUAAGAGACACCAUGACUAUGAUAUUUGAGGUGGCCGAUCUGGCAGUUGCUUCGCCUGCGACUGUUUCCAGGUGCGGGAUGGUCUAUUUGGAGCCAGAAGUUUUGGGCCUACAACCGUUUAUUAACUGUUGGAUGAAAUUCCUGCCUCGAAUCGUACAGCCUCAUAUCGAAACACUGCGCAACUUAUUCGACUACUAUGUGCUGCCUGCUAUCGAACUGGUUAGGAACGAGUUAAAGGAAGUCCUCACUUCCGUAGAUUCAGCUCUGCUUGGAUCGUUUCUACGUCUAAUGGACUUUCGGCUGCUUCCGAUAUCCGGAAAAGAUCAGAGACCCCCUCCGAGUUCCGCCUUUUUGGAACUCUUGCCUAGACUCUUGAUCCCCUGGACCGUCUUCAACGUAAUAUGGAGUAUCGGUUGUACGUGUGACAACGAUUCCAGGGUAAUUUUUGACAAAUGGAUCAGAGAAAAGAUGUCGGUCGCCAAUCAUACGCCCACCAUUCCAAAAGAGAGGCUUUGCUACGAUUAUAAGUUGCACGACGGUGGUUUCACUGAUUCAACGCCAGAUGGAGAACCCACAACGCCUACAUGGCGGAACUGGAUGGAGAACGUCGACGAAUACAAAAUCACCGUCGACAUGAAAUAUUCAGAUAUUGAAAUUCCAACCGUCGACAACGUACGAAACGCCGAACUGCUAGGGACGAUUUUAAUGAACGAAGACAACGCCCUCUGCGUAGGUCCGACCGGUACAGGAAAAACGUUGACGGUCAUCGGAAAGCUAAGCAAGCACAUGCACCGGAAGUUUAUCUGCGACUUUUUCAGUUUUUCUGCCAGAACGACUUCUAAUCAGACUCAGGAUUUGAUGGAUUCGAAAUUGGAUAGACGACGGAAGGGAGUCUUCGGACCGCCCGUUUUAAAGAGGCAAAUAUUUUUCAUCGACGAUUUCAACAUGCCCGCUUUGGAGGUUUUCGGAGCACAACCUCCUUUAGAGCUCAUUCGGCAAUGGAUGGACUAUGGUGGUUGGUACGAUCGCAAGAACAUCGGAGAGUUUCGAACUAUAAUCGACGUCAACUUUGUGGCCGCGAUGGGUCCGCCAGGGGGUGGUAGAAACCCAGUUACGGCUCGUUUGCUGCGACAUUUUCAUUACCUAGCUUUCGUCGAAAUGGAGGAAAGCAGCCAAAGGAAAAUCUUCGGCACCAUUUUGAGAUUUUGGCUAGACAGAACUGUCGAUCUACACGAACAAUACGAUGCUUUGCUGUCUUCCACGCUACUAGUCUACCAUCGAAUAUUGAAAGAGUUGCUUCCUACGCCAGCUAAAACCCACUACACAUUCAACUUGAGGGAUCUGAGUAAGGUGUUUCAAGGGAUGUUAAUGUUUGAUCCGCAGACCUUACAGGACAUAGAGGAACUCUUGCGUCUGUGGUAUCACGAAUGCUGUCGCGUCUUUCAAGAUCGGUUGGUGAAUGACGACGACAGGACUUGGUUCGAGGAUGUUCUCAAGGACCAAAUCGACACGUAUUAUGGUUUAAGCUCGCGUGAUGUACUGGGUGACGAAGCUAUCCUUUUCGGAGAUUUUCUGGAUCCCACGGUUGAUAUGGGACCUUACACUCAAAUUAAGGAUUUCAAAAAACUGAGCGAGUCACUGAGUUACUACCUGGAUGAAUAUAACGUACAGAGCACCAAACCAAUGAAAUUGGUCCUAUUCCUCGAUGCCAUAUCGCACGUUUGCAGAAUAGCCAGAAUUUUGAGGCAACCGAUUAGCAACGCAUUACUCCUUGGUAUGGGAGGAUCUGGAAGGCAAAGUUUGACACGAUUGGCAGCAUUCAUCCAAGAAUUUGGCUGUUUCCAGAUAGAACUCACUAAAGCGUACGGGCCAACUGACUGGCGUGAGGACAUCAAAAAUUUGAUGCUGACCGCCGGGCUCCAGAAAAGGGAAACUGUAUUCUUAUUUUCCGAUACCCAGAUUAAAUCUGAAUCCUUCCUCGAAGACACAAAUAAUAUUUUGAAUUCAGGCGACGUCCCUAACAUUUAUCAGGCAGAAGAACUGGACGCAAUAUACCAAGGCAUGAAGGGAACAGUACAGGAAAUGGGUCUGGCUGCUACCAAAUCGAUUUUGUUUUCGGUUUAUCAAAAAGAAGUCAGAACAAACUUACAUACGGUUAUCACUAUGAGUCCCAUCGGAGAAGUGUUUCGUGCGCGGCUCAGACAAUUCCCAGCGUUGGUCAACUGCUGUACAAUAGACUGGUUCUCUCCGUGGCCGGACUCAGCUCUGCAGUCUGUGGCAUUGCAAUUUUUAAAAGACGUCGAAGAUCCGACAUUUACCGAGAACUUACUCCAACGGAUAGUCGUCGUGUUUCAAUACAUGCACGCUAGCGUUGUAGAAGCUAGCGACCUCUACAGGCAAGAGCUUUCGAGAUAUAAUUACGUUACGCCAACGUCUUAUUUGGAGCUGUUGUCCAGCUAUACGGAUCUUAUGAACAAAAGAAAAGGCAGUCUAGUUGAAGGGAUUGGUAGACUAAAGACUGGUUUGGGAAAACUUCACAGUACGGCAGAAGAAGUAAAAGUACUGCAAGCUCAAUUGGAAGAAAUGAAACCGGCCUUGGAGACGGCCGCCAAAGAAGCUGAAGAAAUGAUUACGGUCAUUGCAGCAGAUACGAUAACCGCCGAGGAAACUAAAGUGAUAGUCGAACAGGAAGAGGAAGAGGCAGCCAAGAAGACAGAAGAAACUCACGCUAUCGCGGAAGACGCUCAGAGGGAUUUGGACGAGGCGAUGCCCGCUUUGUUAGCUGCCGAAGCAAGUUUAAGAGCGCUGAAUAAAAACGACAUCAUCGAGGUCAGAUCGAUGAAGAGACCACCCGCCGGAGUGGUUUACGUCAUCGAAGCGAUUUGCAUUGUCAAAAAUAUUAAGCCCAACAGAUUGCCCGGAUUGAGGCCCGGCGAGAAAAUUUUGGAUUACUGGGAUCCGGGACGGAUCAUGCUGGCUGAUCCCGGUGCUUUCCUUUCAUCACUGAUGUAUUUCGAUAGGGAUUCCAUUACCGAGGAAAUGGUCGAUAAACUGAAGAAGUACGUAAAGGAUCCAGAUUUCACCCCCACCAAGAUCGCCAAGGUAUCGAAAGCAUGCACGUCUUUAUGCAUGUGGAUCCACGCGAUGUACAAAUACUACUUCGUCAACUUAACUGUGGCGCCGAAAAAAGCAGCACUCAAAAAAGCCAAAGAGGAGUUGGAACGGACGGAAAGAGCGUUGGCCGCAGCUAAGGCCAAGAUGAAGGAAAUUCAGGAGAGACUUGUCAGGCUGCAUCUCGAGCUGGACGCCAAAAUGGCUUUUAAGGCGGAAAAGGAACAGAGCAUUGCAGUGUGCGAAGAAAGAAUGCGACGAGCAGUCAGGCUUAUUAAUGGUCUAUCCGAUGAAAGAGUGAGAUGGCUGGAGACUAUACACAGCACAGAAGCCGCUUUGGUCAACGUGAUAGGCGAUACAUUGAUCAGUUCUGGUUGUGUAGCGUAUAUGACGCCUUUUACUGAUGAAUACAGGACUAGUUUAUAUUCUCAAUGGAGUCAAGUCAUCGAAGGGCAAGGUAUACCGUAUACUAAAAAUAGUACGGCAGUCAGCAUUCUGGGCGAGCCCAUCAAAAUACGCCUUUGGCAACUAGACGGUUUACCAAGGGACUACUUGUCCACCGAAAACGCCGUUUUGGUAUCGUGUUCAAGGCGCUGGCCGUUGUUCAUAGAUCCUCAAUCUCAGGCAACGAAAUGGGUAAAGAAUAUGGGUAAACCCCAAGGUUUGUCCAUUUGCAAAUUAUCCGACAAGGAUCUUAUGCGUAGUAUGGAGUCGGCCAUACGAUUCGGCAAACCAGUACUUAUCGAAAACGUUGGGAUCGAGUUGGAUCCCGCUCUGGACCCGGUUCUCCUGAAGCAGAUUUACAUGCAAGGGGGUACCCGGGUGGUAAAACUUGGUGACGUCGUAGUACCGUAUGACGACAAUUUCACACUUUACAUAACAACGAAAUUGCCAAACCCUCACUACGCACCGGAGGUUGCCGUUAAGGUUCUCCUGGUUAAUUUCACUGUGGUCCCCACAGGAUUGCAAGAUCAGCUUCUGGCAUUGGUCGUGAUGCAAGAACGUCCAGAUUUAGAAGAACAAAGGAGUCAAAUUGUCGUUUCCGUAGCCCAAAUGAGGCACGAGUUGAAGGAGAUUGAGGAUCGGAUUCUGUUCAAGUUGAGCGCUUCUGAAGCAUCUCCUUUGGACGAUCUUGAUUUUAUCAUCACCCUCGAGGCUUCCAAAGUCAAAAGCGAUGAUAUUAAGGGCCAAAUCGAAUCCGCGGAAAUUACUCAAAUAGAUAUAGACAAUACAAGAGCGGCCUAUAUCCCGGUGGCUAAUCGGGCACAGAUUUUGUUCUUUUGUCUGGCCGAUUUGUCGAAUGUUGAUCCGAUGUAUCAGUAUUCGCUUGAAUGGUUCAUCUCUAUAUUUAUUUCCACCAUAGCCGGAACUGAACGUUCGGCCGAAACUAACACGCGAGUACGCACAAUCAACGAACAUUUUACCUUCAACCUGUUUAGCAAUGUUUGCCGCAGCUUAUUCGAAAAAAAUAAGCUGCAUUUUGCGUUUCUAAUGUGCGUUAGAAUUCUUAUGGACGAAGGUAAAAUUAACGACCAGGAGUGGCACCAUUUCCUAGCCGGAGGCACGCCCCUUAGAGAUCUCCCCAAUCCGGCACCGAGUUGGCUAUCACAAAAAGCCUGGAAUGAAAUUCUGGCACUGGAAGCGUUGCCAAAUUUUGAAUCUUUCGUGCAAUCUUUUAGUGCAAAUAUUGGAUAUUACUAUGCGAUAUUCGAGAGUCUGGAGCCUCACAGGGAAUCCCUUCCCCAUCCGUUCAACAAAACUUUCGACGAUUUCCAGAAGAUGAUCGUUCUGAAAAGUCUACGCCCAGACAAGAUCAAAAACGCAAUGCAAGACUUUUUAUCCACAAACCUUGACCAGCAAUUCAUCGAACCUCAAUCGACCGAUCUAAUGGGGAUGUUUAAAGAGUCCGGGCCCACAACGCCAUUAAUUUUUGUCCUUUCGGCGGGCACCGAUCCUGCGGCUGACUUAUACAAAUUCGCCGACAGGAUGAAAUUCGGCAAAAGGAUGUUUUCGAUAUCGUUGGGUCAGGGACAAGGACCUAGGGCGGAGAAAAUGAUCCAGGAGGGUCUCGAAAUGGGCUCGUGGGUGUUUUUCCAAAAUUGUCAUUUAGCGCCUAGUUGGAUGCCCAUCUUGGAGCGGAUAAUCGAAACCAUCUCACCCGAUUCGGUACACCGGGACUUUAGAAUUUGGCUGACGUCGACGCCGUCCCCUCACUUUCCCGUUUCGAUUUUGCAAAAUGGCAGCAAAAUGACCGUGGAACCACCAACUGGAAUUAAAGCCAAUCUAUUGCGGGCUUACAGAAACCAAGUAUUCGAUUUUACGGACUUUAUCCAAUCGGAGCAUCCGAAAGCUGUUCACUUCAAACUACUGACGUUUUCGUUGUGCUUUUUUCACGCAAUCAUUUUGGAGAGGAGAAAAUUCGGUCCGCUCGGAUUCAACAUUCCCUACGAAUUUACUGACGGUGACCUUAAGAUUUGCUUAUCUCAACUGCACAUGUUUCUGCUGGAAUACCGAGAUAUACCGUUCAAAGUAUUAACUUAUACGGCCGGUCACAUUAAUUAUGGAGGAAGGGUGACGGACGAUUGGGACAGACGAUGUCUGAUGAAUGUGCUCGCAGAUUACUAUAAUUCAGUCGUAGUUCAUCCCGACUACAUAUUUGACGACAACAAAGACUACCGUCAACUACAAAUUACAUCGAUGUUCAUCGACUACCUUGAUUAUAUCAAAACCCUGCCCAUAAACGACGAUCCCGAGCUCUUCGGUAUGCACCCCAACGCCGACAUCACUUUCGCGCAGGCAGAAACCUACAGAUGUCUCUCCACAUUACUCCAAUUGCAGCCGAAACGCGUCGGCGGCGCCGCAGCUAGCCAAGAAGAGGUCACGAUGACCGUUGCUAACUCUAUUUUGGAUCAGUUGCCUAAUUAUUUUGAUUUGGACGCCAUUCUGGCAAAGUACCCCGUUAGAUACGAGGAAUCUCUGAAUACUGUGCUAAUCCAAGAAGCUAUCAGAUACAACGGGCUAUUGUCGGUGAUUGAACACACGCUCUAUGAUCUUUUGAAGGCACUGAAAGGGCUGGCGGUAAUGUCUGAAGCGUUGGAAAAAAUGUCACUCAGCUUGUUUAGCAACAUAGUGCCUGAAUUGUGGACCGUCAAAGCUUAUCCAUCCCUAAAACCACUGGGAGCGUGGGUGAUUGAUCUCAAAGCAAGAAUUCAUUUUUUGAACAAGUGGGUGGAAACUGAAAUUCCACCAAUAUUUUGGAUAUCGGGAUUCUACUUCCCGCAAGCGUUUUUGACCGGAACGCUUCAGAAUUUCGCCAGAAAAUACGCAGUUUCGAUUGACACAAUUAAUUUUGCUUUUGAGGUACUCAGCUACUUCCCAGACAAACGACCCAAGGAUGGUUGUUGCAUAUCGGGUUUGUUUUUGGAAGGAGCUAGAUGGAACGCGUCCAAACAGAUACUGGACGAAUCCAACCCAAAAGAUUUGUAUACAGAAAUGCCAGUGAUCUGGUUGAAACCCGAAGAACACCAUGUUAAGCCUCCAGAUGUAUAUGACUGUCCCGUUUACAAGACUUUAACGAGGGCGGGCGUUUUGUCUACCACCGGACAUUCAACCAAUUAUGUUCUUGCGAUCGAAUUGCCUUGCCAAAAACCCGAACAUCACUGGGUGAAGAGGGGCGUUGCGUUAAUAUGCGCUUUAGAUUAUUAAUGUAAAAUACUUUUUACGUAGUACAAUAAAAAUGUUG